ACCACUUCGGAAACGGAAGUGGGAAGGGUUUGGCCCUCGAGGGCUCCAAGACCCCCCCCUCGCGGCCUACGGAGAAAGGAUGUGACCUGGGAGCGUUGCGGUGGUUGUGGGUUUUUUUCCCCCAUUGCUGGAGGCUGGAGGAGGAGGAGAGUUUGGAGGAAGCGUGUUGUGCAAGUAAUUUAAAAUGGCUUCAAGGGGAACAAUUGAGACCAGUAAGUUGAAACAGAACUUAGAAGAACAGCUGGACCGAUUGAUGCAGCAGCUACAGGAUCUGGAGGAGUGCCGAGAGGAACUGGAUGCAGAUGAAUAUGAAGAAACCAAGAAGGAAACCCUGGAACAGCUGAGCGAAUUCAAUGAUUCCCUGCAGAAGAUUAUGUCUGGAAAUAUGACCCUGGUAGAUGAGCUUAGUGGAAUGCAAUUGGCUAUACAAGCAGCCAUUAGCCAGGCUUUUAAAACCCCAGAAGUCAUCAGGAUGUUUGCCAAAAAACAGCCUGGGCAGUUGCGGACAAGAUUGGCUGAGAUGGACAGAGAUCUAAUUGUUGGGAAGUUGGGGAGGGACCUUUACACUCAGCAGAAAGUGGAAAUUCUCACUGCCCUCCGGAAGCUCGGAGAGAAGUUGACUCCAGAUGACGAGACUUUUCUUUCGACGAAUGCAGGAGCUGCUCUCAGCCAAUUUGAGAGGGUCUCCAGUGACCUUGGCUCAGGAGACAAGGUCUUCGCUCUGGCAAGUGUUGAGGUAGAAAAAUCAAAGAAAUGAAAAAUUCCUUUUUCGGGGGGUGGGUGGGUGGGUAUGGGCUGCUUUUGUCUGCUGCAGCCAGCUACACUUUAUUAUUAUUUUUUACCAUGUUGUAUUUGUGCAUUUCCUACAGACUUUUUUUGUAACAUUCCUUGUCUUAAUAGCAACCUAAUUUAAAAGCAUAAAGUUUCAAAAGUGCCCUUUUCAAGCUCAGCAAUGUACAUUUCCGAGGCUUAUACACUAAGUGGUACUUUUUGAACAACAACAAAAAUUAACCUACUAUGAUUGUCAUCUUUUGCACAUGUGCAAAUCUGUAUAUCUCCAUCGUUCCAUGUCUUUAAAAUAAGGAUUUCUCUACUAAAACA